CUUGUCAACGAAAGAAGUUUUACAUUUUCAGAAAACACCUGAAGGCUUCAGAAUUCAGGUUGCGAGCUGUCUUCUUGCAGAUCCCGUUUUGUUUCUGUCUUAUUUAUCAGUCAGUGGGGGAACAUGUUUAAGAGGCUAGCCAAGCAGCUUAUUCAAGAACUGGACUCGGACCAGAAGCUGAUUCCAAUGACUAGCCUAAGGCACAGUGAAAGCUUCCAGCCUCUCUCUCUGGUGACGAAAGAGCAAUCCAAGUUGCCUUGGCGUACCCCGAGGUAUUCUCCAACCUCCUUCAAGCUGGCAGAUGUACUCCAGGAUGGAGCAGCAAUGGAAAUAGAGCUGAAACACUCAGAACCACUCCUGUUUUCCACAAAUACAAGCCACAAAUCUGGAGCGAGCAUGGCCCUUACAGUAAAGUCUACAGAAGUGGACAUUGGUGGCUUGGCUGGUGGUUGCUUGUCUGCCUCUCCGUUAUAUGUGAAGAAGACCUACGUGGACACAAGAGACCUGUGGACGAAUGAGAUGCCCCUCAGCAUUCCUCCACAUGUCAGCCCUAAGCUCCCUUUGUAUGUCGUGACUGAAGUUUUUAAGAUAACGAAGUCGCUUCUGAUCGAAGAGACUGUCCAGCUAGGAGGCAAAGGACAGGUUUCUGUCUCAUCGAUAUUUAAGAUAAAGGGCCUGAACAUGAGAGUGAGAAAGAAGUCCAUGCUGGUUCCUGAAGGCACCGUGAUUGCUUAUGCAGUUGAGAAGCUGCCGACCGAAGAGAAAGACCAGGGUGAGUGAAAACAGUUAAAACUGGAUCCUCUGCUCAGUUAUGAUGCACUUCAGGAUGAUCUGGGCUACUCAGUCACAGCUGUCCAGCAAGUGAAAGAUGCCAUUCAAAAAGUCUAUGAUCCUCUGAUGGACCUGAGCCAGGCCUUGAAGAGGCAUCUUCUAGAACCCUUUGGUGUUGUCCUGCAGGACAGAGAUGUUGUCUGCACUGUUCAGUUGGUGCUGGAGCUUUCCAUGGCAGGCGAAAGUAUUGAUAGGUCCAUGUUGGAGUCACUGGAUGAGGAAUUCCAGCCUCUAGUGGAGAUGCUGCUGUCCCUUUUAGGGAUUUUCCAGGUCACUGGGAGAGAAGAACACCAAGCUCUUUGGGGAUCAAUGUAUUUCCUUUGCUCUUCUUUAGAAGAACUGGACUACAAGAUGCUGCCCCUGUUGGAGGCAAUCUUAGAGAAGAAAGACAUAGCCAAACAGUUAGAAAUGAUGAAUGGCAUUUUGGAGUGGAUUCUUUCUGGUGAUGAAGGUAGCCAUUUCACUAUUCCAUCUGAUUCCCGAACGGAUGAAGAAGAUGAUCUAACCAAAGAGCUUCUGCAAACUUGUGGACUGGAUUUAGAAACUGGGAAAGACUCCAUCACUUGCCUCUGGAACAAGGAUGCAUUUUCAGGACUGGCUGCUCUGUAUUCCAGCUUGUACGCCCUGUGGGUUCUAAGUGGAUGAAGAUAAAACAGACUCCAAACAGAUGACACUUUUUCCUGUUGCAAGGUGUCUGCUGGCACAUGGACUAGGUUGUCAUGACCUGCACAGUGCUUUCACCUUUUUAAGCCCAUUCAGUCGCUUAGAGGCUGAUGCUUCCUGCUUCCCCAUUGGUGGAACAGAACUUGGGAAGUAGGAAGUGGUUUGCAUCACAUGGUGGAUACUUAGUUGCUUAGGAGGUGCUUCCCAUCUUGGUUGCCUCCUAGUUUUUGUAGUUUCUUCUCCUCUGCAACUUCUUUGUGAAUUGGCAUUCAUGUAACCCAGAUGCCUGGCCUAGAUUCCAAGACAGAUGAUAAAAUCUUAACUGUUCUGGAAUCUCCACUGCU